GAACUCGAAUGCCCUUCAACUGACAUUGGGCUAGCCGGCUUUCAACUACUCUGGUGGAGCUUUGUAGCGGGAACUUUUUCUUUCUCAGUUGUCUCUUUGCAAGUGAACUGAACGGUAGUUCUUUUCAUAAAAUAUUUAUUCGAAAUCAUUAAGCCAAGUAUAAAGUGAAUAAUGUCCAAAAUCGGUAUUAAUGGAUUCGGUCGCAUCGGUCGUCUGGUGCUGCGUGCUGCCGUCGAUAAAGGUGCUCAAGUGGUUGCUGUAAACGAUCCCUUUAUCGAUGUGAACUACAUGGUUUACUUGUUCAAAUUCGAUUCGACUCAUGGUCGUUUCAAGGGCACUGUUUCUGCUGACAAUGGAGCUCUGGUAGUAAAUGGACAAAAGAUCACUGUUUUUAGCGAACGCGACCCAGCCAACAUUAACUGGGCUAGCGCUGGAGCUGAAUACGUCGUCGAGUCCACUGGCGUUUUCACUACCAUCGAUAAGGCAUCUGCUCACUUCAAGGGUGGUGCCAAGAAAGUCAUUAUUUCGGCACCGUCUGCCGAUGCGCCAAUGUUCGUGUGCGGCGUCAACUUGGACGCAUACAGCCCCGACAUGAAGGUCGUAUCUAAUGCCUCUUGCACAACCAACUGCUUGGCUCCAUUGGCUAAAGUUAUCAAUGACAACUUCCAAAUCGUGGAGGGUUUGAUGACCACUGUACACGCUACAACUGCCACACAGAAGACCGUCGACGGUCCUUCAGGCAAAUUGUGGCGCGAUGGACGUGGUGCCGCUCAGAACAUCAUUCCUGCAUCUACUGGCGCCGCUAAGGCUGUUGGCAAAGUUAUCCCAGAACUGAAUGGCAAGCUGACUGGUAUGGCUUUCCGGGUCCCCACUCCCAACGUCUCAGUUGUUGACUUGACUGUGCGAUUGGGCAAGCCAGCCACCUAUGAUCAAAUCAAGCAAAAGGUAAAGGAAGCCUCUGAAGGCCCAAUGAAGGGAAUCUUAGACUAUACCGAUGAAGAAGUCGUGUCUACCGACUUCGUCAGUGACACACAUUCGUCGGUUUUCGACGCCAAGGCUGGUAUCCCUCUCAACGACCAAUUCGUGAAGUUAAUCUCAUGGUACGAUAACGAAUUUGGAUAUUCCAACCGUGUCGUUGAUCUGAUUAAAUACAUGCAGAGCAAGGAUUAAAUUGGAUAAGAGCAACACAAGACAGAGAAGUAGUGCCCAUUUGGAUUUAAAAAAUACCUUCAACACAUGAAUCAUUUAAAUCCAAUGGACGACCUCAAAACCGAACAGGAACAACAUUUACUGCUUCAAUACUUACAAAAUAAAGUCAAAUGUGUAUAAUACAAUAAGAUCUAAUUAUCGGAAGAAACAUCAACCAAAAUUAUCUGUAAUAAAUGACUUAAGUAAAAAGUUACGAAUAUGAAUUUUUCCUGGUUAAAAGCAUUGUAAAGCAGAAACUUAUAAUCGGAUAGAGAGAAUAGAAGAACGGGCACUGUUAGCAUUACAAAUAUUGUAAACAUACAUAUAUUAUCACAUUUCACUUAAAUUGUUCCGAUUAUCUUACUUUAGCACGUAGUUAAUAUUAUGUAACAUGAAAUAUAUAUGCAUACAGAAAUGGCAAAAAAGGUACAUACAUAUACAGAAAAGCAAUGAAUCUAUAUAAGAAUUCAUUAUGCCGGCACAAAAGCUCACUUCCAUGAGAGAAAUUUGGCAUUUUACACAAGCUAAAAAGAGAUUAUUUAGAAAUAUAUAGAAGUUUUGAGCACCCCAGCGCAUUGUUCUCUACGUAUGUACGUAUGAAAUGCUUAAAUACAAUUUUAUCAUCUUGUUUCGCUUCUA